UAACACUGGAAUCUAAUCUAACCUGACUUGACUUAAUAAAAAUACCCAGUUUAGACUUAAUAAAAAAAUCUAAAAAAAGAUUAUUCGUUUGCAUUAGUGAAACAUAUCUUAAUCGGGCUAAUAAUUUUAGAAAAAAUUUCUUAACAUGGCCAGUAGCAGAUUGGAAAGAAUUGGUACAAUAUUUACCAGAGUUGAAGGUCUUCUUAGCCGAGGAGCAAUGAAACCUGAUGACAGACCCUUGUGGUUUGAUGUAUACAAAGCUUUCCCUCCAAUCACCGAACCUAAAUAUGCACGUCCUAAUCUUGUAGUCAAAGAAAUACGACCAAUCUUAUACAAGGAAGACGUUUUAAGAGCAAAAUUCCAUUCAAACGGUUACGGUUUAGCACCAGUAAGCCUAUUAAAUCAAAGUAAUGAAACUCAAACAAAACGUCUUGUACAGCAAUACGAUAAAUUAAAAGCAGAAGGCAUUCCUGAAGAUGAAAUCAUUGAGAAAGCCGCACAAGCAGUAGCCGUCGAACGCCACAGCUAUGCUGCAGAAAAAUUGAAUGUUACACCUAAAAAUCCUGAUUCCGUUACAGCCCAAGUAUUGGCUGAAGCUGAUAUAAAAAAUAUUUUCAACAACAAAUAAGGUGCUGCUUUAUAGAAUCAAUACACAACCGAAACUGUGGUGCUUUAUUACUGUAGUUACAUUAUAAGAAGCUUUAGUAAAAUAAAUGUUUAGUCAUUUUAAAUAGUUCA